CUUGUUGGAGGAGAGACGGAAACGCGCGGUUAUUGCAUAAAUUCCGUUAAUUUUUGAUUGCACUUUCUAAAGUAGGCUAUAGAUUAAGCUCAAGUAAGAAUAGUUUUCUCGUAAAGUCCAAGGUGUGCAUUUUCCGCAUAUCCUAAGUCAAAUUUAAGCUGCUUGAUCUCAAAACUGGUUUGAAAAAAACAAAAAACAGUGCAAUGCAAGCUUCAGCCACACGUAGUUAGCUUGCUAGCUAGCACAUGGGAUGCUAGCAUGGAAAGUAAAGGGAAAGCAGCGGAAGUAAACAAGCUACAUUUCUUAGACUUGGUGGACAUUUCCUUUCCUGACAGAAACUUGAGCCUACUGUUAAUGCUCAUAUUACAAUAAUCUUGCCUUUAUUUACGUACUUCCUUAAAUUAGCUGUCGUUUCCCUAACCCAACGUUACGCUUGAGACAUCUGUCAGCUUUCACCACAUCAUUGGCCAGUCUAGCUCUAAUUUACGUUAUUGUGCGAUAAACUAUUCCCAGGAAAACUUAACUGUAAGGUAUGGUACAUUCAAAAUGCUUUAGUUCAUGUAGACAAAAACAUAGUUUAAUGAAUUAUAUUCCAAAUGGGUGUCAUAGCGUCAAUUAGCCAAGUAGCUACGUAACGUUAGCUUCGAGCAUUGACAGGUCGGCAGGCAGGCGAAACCCUGCGUGCUGUGUCCACUGCACUGCCCUUUUCGCACUCUUCAUUGAGACAGGACGGACUGCCGUGAAAGAGAAAGAAAGACAAGAGGAAAGCAAGACGAUGACAGCACUUCAAGACACGGAAGAUGCCAGUGAAACAGAUCUUGCCAAGCACGACGAGGAUGACUAUGUUGAAAUCAAAGAGCAAAUGUACCAAGACAAACUGGCCUCUCUGAAAAGGCAGUUGCAGCAAUUACAAGAAGGUACGCUGCAGGAAUAUCAGAAGAGAAUGAAGAAGCUGGACCAACAGUACAAAGAGAGACUUCGAAAUGCAGAUCUGUUUCUCCAGCUUGAGACAGAGCAGGUUGAGCGGAACUAUAUCAAGGAAAAGAAGGCAGCGGUGAAGGAGUUUGACGAUAAAAAAGUUGAACUCAAAGAAAACCUAAUUGCAGAACUGGAGGAGAAGAAAAAGAUGAUCGAGAACGAAAAAUUAACAAUGGAGCUGACGGGCGACUCAAUGGAGGUAAAACCUAUCAUGACUCGAAAGCUGAGGAGGCGGCCCAAUGAUCCAGUCCCAAUACCAGACAAACGGAGAAAACCUGCACCAGCUCAGCUAAAUUAUUUGUUAACAGAUGAACAGAUAAUGGAAGACCUACGAACACUUAAUAAGCUUAAAUCACCCAAACGGCCAGCAUCUCCGUCGUCUCCAGAGCACGUCCCCUCCGCUCCCAUGGAGAACCCUUCCCAGCGUUACGAGGCCCGUAUCGAGGAGGGGAAACUUUACUACGACAAAAGAUGGUACCACAAGAGCCAGGCCAUCUACCUGGAAUCAAAGGACAACACAAAGAUUAGCUGUGUCAUCAGCUCGGUGGGGACCAAUGAGAUUUGGGUGAGGAAGACGAGCGACAGCACAAAAAUGAGGAUCUACCUGGGCCAGCUGCAAAGGGGAGCAUUUGUGAUCCGUCGACGGUCGGCUGCGUGAAACAUUACCCACCCCUCCCCACCCCAGCUUCCAUCUGUUCAAUUAUCCAUCCAUCCAUCCAUCCAUCCAUCCACCCGCUCGUUCAUCCACUUUCUCUUUUUGGUGCAUGUCAUUUGAGUUUGACAUGCGGACUCUUAUUCUUCAUCAUAUACACUACCCUGAGUCCAGUCCUCCGUGGCCAAUAUCUCGCCAGACCACAUAAACCAAAUUAAAGUACAGUAAUAAUGAUAAUAUACACAGCUGACUGUUUUCCACUACGUGGCAAACGUGCAAAGGUGGUUGGUGGUCAUAAAAGACCAUACAUGAUUAUUUUGGUCUUGAUCUUGACUUUGUUUCAUGCUGUCAACACAAUCCAGUCUUUUUUUUUUUUUUUUUUAAUUUUUUACUUUUCUCCCAAGUUAUUUUCCCUGAGGAGCCUCAUGUUGACUUACAGAAAUUGGCUUCAAGCCUUCCAGACUGUCUCACUGGUGAUGUGCAACAAUGCAAGUUGUGAAAAACGGAUGAGAAAUACCUUCAGGUUUGGCUGAAUAUCAUUAAUCCCUUGACUGAAGACGUUACAGUUUCCUUAUGUCAGGAAUCAUUUACUAAAGAAUACAACUUUUGCACUGUCAUCAGAACUGGAGGACAUGCGAUGCUGAUGGUCUCUCUUAAUAACAUGUUUAAAAGUCCUAUGUGUUAAAGUCCUAAUUUGUUAUUUGAAAAAAGUUAUGUUGAGAUUUGUGCGUUUUGUUUAUUGCCAUCUUAUGUGAUUUUCUCCAUAUGCAAACACUGAAUUUGUUGAACUAUAUUUGCAUGUGGAGUGUUGACUCUUGAUUUGUACUGUGUUGCAUUUUAUUAAAAUGUUUUCUGCCUUUUA